GUCUGUUGAAAGUAAAACAUAAAACACGCACAGACAAAUUCACAAUUGACUUUGUCAAGCACUCAAAGUCUUCCUCUUCACAAUCUCUUUCUCAUACGGUUGUUCGUAUUUAAGUGUUCACUUUCACACUUCAUUUUCUUUAUUUUCUGAGCUCAACUUCUCUCUGUUGGAAACUGCUUUCUGCUUCUCCCCAUGAUCACCAAGCUCCCAAAAUUGCAUUUUUCAACUUGAAUUCUUGGUGGGGUUUUCACUGGGAAUUCAAUUCCCCUUGAAUCAGCUCUUGCACUUUCUGGGGAAACAUGGCUCGUUUUGAAAAAGAUGAGGUUCCUAUGCUGUCUGAAACACGUGGUCAACUAUCUGAUGAAUUCGUGGAUUCUAAUUUCCGGAGGCUAGUAUCUAGAACACGAAGUGCUUCAAUGUCCAUUCCUAUGGCAUCAUUGGAAUCAUAUGAGAAAGAAACUAGUCUUGUGGGACAUACCGGUCCCCUUCGUAGUUUGAGGAAGACCCCCUUUGUGCAGAUGAGUGGUCCACUGUAUGCUACCAAUGGAACUUCAAAUUUUUCAGGACAGAAUAUAGCUGCGACAGGAAACAAAGUAGUGGAGAGUAAGACAGAAAAUUUCUCUACUUUCAAUGGCACAAAUGAAAAUCGUUGGGAUAAUGACUAUGACAGAAAGAAUGAACACUUAAUGAGGUCUGGGCAACUGGGAAUGUGUAAUGAUCCUUAUUGUACUACUUGCCCCACUUAUUUCAAGGCUGCUCAGCCAAGAACUCGAAAAACAUCAGCUAUAUUUGAUCCCAAGUUCCCCCAUGUUUUUUAUGGGGAUGCCAAGGGUUUUGGUAGAAAAUUUCUUUCCUUCUGCUAUUCUUAUGUUCCUGGAGUUAUGAAUCCUCAUGCAAAAGUUGUACAACAAUGGAACAAGAUCUUGGCCAUUUUUUGCUUGGUGGCAAUUUUUGUUGAUCCAUUAUUUUUCUUCUUAAUAUAUGUGAAGGAGGAUGAUAAAUGUAUUGCAAUCAAUUGGACAAUGACAACAACGCUUGUUUUUUUUAGAAGCAUUAAUGAUUUGAUAUAUUUCUUUAACAUUCUUCUCCAGUUUAGGCUUGCUUAUGUUUCUCCUGAGUCAAUGGUAGUAGGUGCUGGAGAUUUAGUGGACCAACCCAAGAAAAUUGCUCUUAAUUAUCUGAGGAGUUAUCUUUUUAUCGACCUAUUUGUUGUAUUUCCUCUUCCUCAGGUAAUGAUAUUAUCUGUCCUACCAAAUUACCUGGGAUCAUCUGGAGCAAAUUAUGCUAAAAAUCUUCUGCGUGCAGCAAUCCUUGUGCAGUAUUUUCCCAGAUUAUUCAGGUUUCUGCCUCUGCUAAUUGGCCAGUCUCCAACAGGAUUCAUUUUUGAGUCAGCCUGGGCAAAUUUCAUUAUAAAUCUUCUCAUUUUUAUGCUAUCUGGCCAUGUUGUUGGUUCUUUCUGGUACCUCUUUGGUCUACAGAGGGUUAAUCAAUGCUUGCGAAAUGCCUGCCGUGAUUCUAAUAUUCGUGGAUGCUCAACAUUUAUUGAUUGUGGUCGUUUAUCUGGCCGUAAGUCAGAUAUAUGGAGCGAAAAUGUGAAUGCCACUGCAUGUUUGAAUGGCACUUCCGGUGCUUUUCAAUAUGGAGUCUAUGUAAAUGCUGUAGCACUUACUACAGAAACUAAGGUGAUCAACAAAUAUGUAUUUGCACUGUUUUGGGGCUUCCAGCAAAUUAGUACUCUGGCUGGUAAUCAAACCCCAAGCUAUUUUAUAUGGGAAGUCCUUUUUACGAUGGCCAUCAUAGGUUUGGGACUCUUACUUUUUGCACUUCUCAUUGGUAACAUACAGAACUUUCUUCAGGCUCUUGGACGCAGGAGGCUAGAAAUGCAACUUAGAGGUCGUGAUGUUGAACAAUGGAUGAGCCACCGUCGCUUGCCAGAAGAUCUAAGAAGGAGAGUACGACAAGCAGAACGAUAUAACUGGGCAGCAACAAGGGGUGUAAAUGAAGAGAUGCUUCUGGAGAAUUUGCCAGAAGAUCUCCAGACAGACAUAAGACGUCAUCUCUUCGAGUUUGUUAAGAAAGUUCGCAUUUUUGCGCUGAUGGAUGAGCCUAUCCUAGAUGCAAUAUGCGAGAGACUAAAGCAAAAGACAUACAUCAAAGGAAGUAAAAUUUUGACUCAGGGUGGUCUUGUAGAGAAAAUGGUCUUUGUUGUUCGAGGGAAAUUGGAGAGCUUUGGAGAUGAUGGAACUAGUGCUCCCUUAUCUGAAGGGGAUGCUUGUGGUGAAGAACUUCUGACAUGGUAUCUUGAGCAUUCUUCUGUAACCACAGAUGGGAAAAAAGUAAGAGUUCAAGGACAGAGGUUGCUGAGUAACAGGACGGUAAAAUGCUUAACAAAUGUGGAGGCAUUUUCACUUCGUGCCGGAGACCUUGAGGAACUCACAAUUCUUUUCACAAGAUUCUUGCGGAACCCUCAUGUUCUAGGAGCUCUGAGGUAUGUAUCACCAUAUUGGAGAUCCCUUGCAGCAAGUCGUAUUCAGGUUGCAUGGAGAUACAGAAAGAAGCGUCUAAGUCGUGCCUAUACCUCUCAAUCAGAUCAAACAAAUCAACAACGAAACAUGGCUAAUUUUGAACAAACUGGGGAGCCUAGUUCAUGCGAAACACAUGCACAACAUAAUGGACAUUCUAGGUUUGUAAAGGUUGUAUCAAGGACAAGAAGUGCAUCAAUUUCUGUUCCUGUGAUCUCCAUGGAGCCAUAUGAGAGAGAAAUUAGUCUUGUGGGUCAUACUACUACCAAUGGAACUGAAAAUCCUUUGAAUCACACUAUAGUUGUGGAAGGAAACAAAGUAGUGGAGAGCAAGACAGAAAAAUUUUGUAAUCUCAGUGAGAAAGAUGAAAAUCAUUGCAAUAACAACUAUGAUAGAAAGAAUGAACACUUUGUGAGGUCUAGGCUACUGGGAACAUGUAAUGAUCCUUAUUGUACUACUUGUCCAACUUACUUCAAGGCCUCUAUGCAAAGACUUCCAAAUGCUUCUUCUGUGUUUGAUCCUCAGUUUCACUUCCGCAGUGCUCUUUAUGGGGAUGCCAAGGGUUUUGGGAGAAAGAUUCUCUCUUUCUGCUCUUCAUGUGUUCCUGGAGUUAUGAAUCCUCACUCAAAAGUUGUACAACAAUGGAACAAGCUUUUGGCCAUUUUUUGCAUGGGAGCAAUUUUUGUGGAUCCGUUAUUUUUGUUUUUAAUCUAUGCACAGAAGGAUGAUAAAUGUAUAGCUAUCGACUGGGGCACCAGAAAAAUACUUGUUUUUCUUAGAACAUUGAAUGAUACUGUGUAUUUCUUGAACAUUCUUCUCCAGUUUAGGCUGGCCUAUGUUUCUCCAGAGUCAAGGGUGGUUGGUGCUGGAGAUUUAGUUGAUCAUCCCAAGAAAAUUGCACUUCAUUACCUGAAGGGUUAUUUUCUUUUUGACUUGUUUGUUGUAUUUCCUCUUCCUCAGAUAAUGAUAUUUUUUGUCCUACCAACCCGCUUGGGGGCAUCAGGAGCAAACUAUGCAAAGAAUCUUCUUCGUGCAGCGAUCCUUGUGCAGUAUGUUCCCAGAUUAUUCAGGAUCCUGCCUCUGCUAAUUGGACAAUCUGCAACAGGAUUUAUAUUCGAGUCAGCUUGGGCAAAUUUCAUCAUUAAUCUUCUCAUUUUCAUGCUUGCUAGCCAUAUUGUUGGUUCUUGCUGGUAUCUCUUUGGUCUGCAGAGGGUUAAUCAAUGCUUGCGAGAUGCCUGCGGAAAGUCUCAUAUUGAUAGAUGCAUGACAGUGAUUGAUUGUGGAAGACGAGGUUAUAUCAGAAACAACUAUUCUGACCAAGCAUCAGCUCUAUGGAACAACAACACAGAUGCCAUUGCUUGUUUGAAUUCCUCACCCGGUGGUUUCCCAUAUGGAAUCUAUCUCAAUGUUGUACCUCUCACCACGGAAAUUAGUUUGACUAACAAAUAUAUUUAUUCCCUUUUUUGGGGGUUCCAGCAAAUUAGUACUCUCGCUGGUAGUUUAACCCCAAGCAGGUUUUGGGGAGAGGUCCUUUUUACAAUGGCCAUUAUAGGAUUGGGACUCUUGCUUUUUGCAGUUCUUAUUGGAAACAUACAUAACUUUCUUCAAGGUCUUGGAAGAAGAAGGCUAGAAAUGCAACUCAGAGGCCGCGAUGUUGAGCAAUGGAUGAAACAUCGUCGUUUACCAGAAGAUCUAAGAAAGAAAGUACGAAGGGCGGAACGAUAUAAUUGGGCUGCAACAAAAGGAGUGAAUGAGGAAAUGAUUCUGGAGAAUUUGCCAGAAGAUCUCCAGAGAGACAUAAGACGUCAUCUCUUCAAAUUUGUUAAGAAAGUCCGAAUUUUCACUCUGAUGGAUGAACCUAUCUUGGAUGCCGUCUGUGAGAGACUGAGACAGAAGACAUACAUAAAAGGAAGUAUAAUUUUGAACCAAGGUUGUCUAGUUGAGAAGAUGGUCUUUAUUGUGCGCGGAAAAUUGGAAAGCAUCGGAGAAGAUGGAGUUGGAGUUCCCUUGUCUGAAGGAGAUGCUUGUGGUGAAGAACUUCUGACAUGGUAUCUUGAACAUUCUUCUUCUGUAAGCACAGAUGGUAAGAAAGUAAGGCUUCCAGGGCAGAGGUGGCUUAGCAACAGGACAGUAAAGUGCCUAACAAAUGUUGAGGCAUUUUCAAUUCGAGCAGAGGAUCUUGAAGAAGUCACAAGCCGGUUCAUGAGAUUCUUGCGGAAUCUUCGGGUUCAAGGAUCUCUAAGGUAUGAAUCACCUUACUGGCGAUCCUUGGCAGCAACUCGAAUUCAGGUGGCAUGGAGAUACAGGAAGAAACGUAGAAGUCAUUCUAUGACCUCACGAUUAGAUCAAUCAAUGAGCUUAUAGAAUAUUCACCAUGCUUCCUACUGUUAACUCCAUCCGAACAUGGCAAUUUUCCGAGAAAUUUAUGUCUUUUUUGUUAGACUUUUUUCAAAUUUUCUCUUCUGUUAAUAUUUUUGUUAACCAUGAUACCUUUUAUUACUUG